GCAACUCCUUGACAGGUAUUACCUGCGCUUGGAGCAUCAGAAAUUUUCUGGUCCCACCAUUGCGAACCGAUGGUGUGACAAUGAAUCUCAAUCAUCUACUUUAUUUACUCUAUUUUGACAAGAUGAACCUGGAGCGUACCAAAAGUGACUUGGAUUCUUUUUGGCAAGAGGUGAUCAUUGAGCGAUUACAGCGCAAAGUCAAAGUAACCUACGAUAAGGAAACCCUUACGUUUGAUGAGUCAGGUAAACAUUAUGGAGAGCAACUGCGCAUACCUUACAAAAAAGAAGUGGACGAGGAGGAGGAAACGUCUUCGGGUUGUAAACGUUCCCAUAGCACUUUACAUUCAGAUUCAACUUCCUCUGUGGAGACAAAGAAGAUCAUACCCGGUGAAGAUGUGAAUGUUGAGGAAGCUAACAAUGAUGAUGUUGUAAAAAUGACUUCGAUUACGUAUCAGCAAUUUACGGAUAAAUAUCGAAAAAUUAAAAAAGAAGAUAAAUGGACUUUGUCAACUGGAAAAACUGUUGAAGAUGCAUUAUAUGCAUUUGGAAUGAAGUGCUCACAUGAACAUCUCUGUCAUUCUUUUGUAAUCGACCCGGAUGACAAGAACUAUAUACAACAAAGCAUCUUCACGCCUGAAGAAUUAAAAGAAAUUCAAAAUUUUAGUAAGAAAAAAUUGCCAUCAAUGCCGGAUGAUCUUUUGAGGUAUCUUAAUAGUUUCCGAAAGUCCAAUACUUCUGACCUUCGAGAAUUGAUCUUUCGCUCUGAUGUACAUGAUCAACCAUUCGAUCGAUCAAAAAAUUUCGAUUAUGACUGGAUACGUAACACUAUAUAUAAUCUCGUUCUUGAAUAUGAAGCGAAUCAUCUCGCAAAGCAUCACCUUGAACUUUGGAUCAUGCUACAUGUGUGGUCGUUUAUUGAUAAAAUCUUUUUAGACAUAGAUGGCAUGGAAAUUGCUAGAGGUGAAUCAUGUAGCUAUGUAUCGUCAAAUAGAAAAAAUUCACAACGGGUGGUUUCAUCAACAAGUUCAAUGAAAAAAAAGUCAAUGGGUCGGCGUGGAGAUUUAAUAAUCCGGAAAUGGCAUACGGAAUAUGGGUGUGGUGAAGCUGGAAAAAUAUUCGAAGGCACCAAUGGUACAAAGAUCAUUAAAGAAGGGGGUUUGAAAAUGCCCAAAAUGCUUAGGGAUAUGUUCAAUGACCUUUGCGAAACUAUGAAAAUGCGGAAGGACAAAAUCAGAAAGCUAGAAACAGUCGGUUUUAUCAUCUCGGGCUUGAAGAUCUCAUUGUUACGGUUAGAUUUACCAGCGGGACAUGUUUGUAGAUUGUCACGGACACGACUUUUUGAGAUACCAACUCAAGUCUCUGAAUUCGGUACAAAAGUCCUUCCAACAAUGAGCUUGAUAUGGAAGGCAAAGGCAAUAGUGAAAAAUGUAAUCAAACUAACAGAGGAAGAAGAUCUGACGGAAGAAGAUCUGACGGAAGAAGAACAGCUCAACAUGCUACAGAACUGUGAUGAAGUUGAUGAAAGUGGUUUAACGACACCGCCACCUAAAUUGCAAUUACUGUCAAGUUCUGUGACGCCAGAAAAUAUAAGAGUAGAAAUGUCAAAAACUCCUGAUUUUUAA